GGUCCAUUGUGCAGGAUUGUAUAUUCAUGCCGGGCGACCUCCCUCCAGAGCUCUUGGAUCUCGUAUUCUCCCAUUUACACGAGGGCGAAUGGGAGCCAUCGGUCGCCCCCAUAUCUCACAGCAAAUAUGAGCUAGACUCGUGCAGUCGGGUGUGCCGCAUGUGGAAUGCAGCGGCGCGUUCCCACCUCUUCCGGGACAUCACUUACUCUUAUCGCGCCGUCCCUUACGACGCUACACUCAAUGAGCGAGGCGAUUACAACGACACGCUCCCGAAAUACGGCUACUUCGAUGCAGAGUAUAAGCCUAAUGCUCGGUACAAGACCUUUCCGAUGUUCUUUUCUUUUGUGGCGCAGUCACCCAUCGCCCAGUACAACAUUCGCCGCUUGAGGCUUGAUGCUUGGCCUCGUGACAAGAGCCCUUUCUUCUACGGCCAAGCCAGUGACUUCAUCGAUGCAUCUCUCUUCGUUCAAUUACUGCAGCUGCUACCCCAUCUUUGUGUACUACACCUUUGCAACGUCGGCAUCGCGCGCUUCCUGAGUCCUCGGAACUCCCCAAUCUUACAUCCUUCACUGCACCGGAUGUCCAUCUCGAGCGUGGCUACCACGAAAGAUAUCUACCAUGGAUGGCCGGAACUAGCAGUCAGCGACAUUCUCGACUGCUUUGCCGAGAUUGAGGAGCUGCACCUCGUUCUCCCAAACAUCCCUCGUUUCGAGUCAGACGCACAUGAAGAUUGGCCCCCUUUGAAGAUCAGCAGAUUGAUUCUCGGUGACUCAAUGUACUUGGACGAUGGUCUGUUCGAGUACCUGUUCGAAGUGCGGGGUAUGCAACGGGUCUCUACGCUUAGUCUCGAGCACCUAUCGCCCGACUCCGCUCUUGACCUGCUCUGCCAAAUGCACUUCGACGAACUACGAUUGGCAUGCACAGAGGCAGAUGAAUACUGUGGUCUAGAAGGGUUGUUCGACAUAUCCUCUUGUACCGAGCUGAAGCAUCUUGCCAUCGACGUUCCGUUCAUCUUGACGGAGGGCAACGUGCCUGCAGAAAUAAGCGGGCCCACCAUGUUUCCAGCAUUUGUCGUUAUCAUCGGACUUUUGGAGGCAAGCCUUCCGCGGCUCACAAGACUGACACUACAUUUAUGUGGUGUUCACGCCUACGAGCGCGACGGGCGGUCCGAUACCCACCCACUGAUGCCUGCUAGAGACCACACUCUGCAAUAUUUUGAGCAGAGACUUGUACGUCUUAUCGAUCACUUCAGCCUUUCGAGCAUCACAUUCGCCGUAAACGGAGACGAUCCUCGUACCUUACCUACGAAGGAUGUCGAGAAUCUGCUCAAAAGGUGUUGUCCUCGCUUGGCAGCGGAGAAGAAAUAUUCUGUUGUGCGAACUGCCGAGGAUGCCACGCCUUCUUAUAUAUUUGGUACGGACCGUUACCUGACAUAGAAGACUCGGCACGCCUUAGAGCUUGACAGCAUGACGCAGAUAGAGGCGUUCUGGUACGAGACACAUGUACUAUUACUGCUGACGAUGCAGGGCUCAUUACGCAUACGUUUGACUGUUUGGUUUGAAGAAGCUCAUUGUCGUGUGAUCAGAAUCGGGGCAUUGUAAACGGGGAGCAUCGUCCCUGUCAAACAAUGAAGUUUGGGGUGUCAUAGUCGCCGUCAGGGUAGAUUUAGGUCGGGGCGUGCGCGCGAACUCGUUUCCUGCAUUCGGGAGACUUGUGGUAGCAUU